GAGGUUCAAACAGAGGGAGACAGAGGGGGGGAAGGACCGAGAAUGGCGGCCGUGCAGUGCACCAAAUGCACGGCAGAAAGGAAAGGGUUUCGGCGGGAACUUGAUUCUUGGCGACAUAGAUUAAUACACUGCGUUGGGUUUGAAUGUAUUCUGGAGGGAAUCUAUGGUCCAAUUCUGCUGAAAGACCUCAAUUUAUUUGUUGGCUGUGAACCUGAAGAGGUGGAUGACUGGUCCCCAGAAGCGAGCCGCUCUCAAUGUUCAUUCUGUAACCUUUCACUGGACAAACUCAGUGAUCCAGUACCUGCAGCCAUGUCGCCUUCCUCCUCCCCCUCUGAUUUAUCUCCCUGUCAGGCCCUGACCAUCUCUGAGAGCAGCCAGUCAGCACACAGGUUCCUCCAAGCAGUGUUUCACAAGAAAGAUGUGUCCAUGGACUGUGAUUCGAACAUACCUCUGGUUGCCCAGGAGCUGAUGAAGAAGAUGAUACGCGAAUUUGCUGUGGAGUACGCAUCCAAGUGCUUGCUCCGCACCAAUACAAAUGGUGUAACAAGGUCCUCAUCGCCAUUGUCAGAAACAUCAGAUGCCCCUCUGGACCUCACAGUGAGCCGAAUGCUGGAAGAGAAGGAGAUUAAGCCUGAACCAGAUGGCGUGCUAGACCUAUCCAACCGGAAUUUUGCCAGCUCAGCAACUUCAUCGUCAUCUAAUCACAAAGUUUUGGGGAGGCAGCACAGGCAGAAGGAGUACACUGAGAGGAGCUGGGAGCUGUCACAGGGGUUGCUGUCCAAGGCUUUGAAGGAUAUCCGUUCAGGGAGGCUGCAGGAGCAGCGCGCAGCUUUGCUUUAUGGAAUACCCCUUCAAACCCUGAGGCGAGGUUUGGACACCUGGGCUGAGGGGAGGCAAGGGUUGUUGCUUCAGCUUACAUCAGAAAGCAGAGAUUUCAGGGAUGAAGUGGCAUCACACAAUGUGAUGUCGUCCACGUUAGGCGGUGAAGCCCGCCUUGUUCUCCAGAAGGUGGCAGCUUGGGCAGAGCGGGCAGAAAUUGGGGGAGGCGCAGAGGAGAAUGGAGACUUAAGUUUCCCAUCAUCAGCUCUUACCUUCUAUCAGCCAAGCGGUUCACAAAAGACCGCCCCUCACUGUUUCUCCCAGCUCAGGGAUUCUCUCCAGCCCCCAUCAAGCCCAACUUCUAGUCUGGAGUCUCCUACACCUCUGCGUAUUCCUCAGGUCCGUUCCAUGUCUGACUACACCAGAUCAGUUUCAGCUGAGAAUUGCAGCAUAGCCGAAAACCUACAUCAACGUACCUCAUUAACUGAGGGUACUGCCAGUUCGUCUACAGCAUCUGCCAGACCUUCAUCCCUCUUCAAACUCAGACCUCCGUUCUUGGCACAAGGCUGUCUGGGCAGUGUCAGUCAGUCACCUUAUCGUCUGGGACCACGUGGAUCUUCACUGGAUGAAUCAGAAGAGGGGCUCAGUUCCCGGGACAAAGACAAACAACCUAGAAAGAAACGUGGGAGAUACCGUCAGUACGACCACGAACUGAUGGAGGAGGCAAUCACCAUGGUGAUGGCUGGUCGCAUGAGUGUCUCUAAGGCCCAAGGGGUUUAUGGCGUGCCCCAUAGCACACUGGAAUACAAAGUCAAAGAGCGCACUGGAACACUGAAGAAUCCUCCCAAGAAGAAAUCUACUAACUUUUGUUUAUCCAGUUCCAUCACUUCUGGAUCGGGUACCAUGACCGGUUCCACUAACUCAGGAAGUCUUGCCUCAGCUGCCGACACAAAGAGGUUUCUAGACCACGGAACGCCUCGAAAUUCCUCACACUUGAACACUUCACCUUUCACAAGAUACCCGUUUUCUGGAGACACUUGUUAA